CGGUCCAGUGGGGCGGGCCCGGCAAGCCCCUCCCCGCGGUGGGGGUAGGGCGUGCUGGAGCACGAGCUGCAGAGCGGAACCCGGCGACCUGGAGCAAUCCUGCAGAGUGGUCCUACCCUUUGCGAGGCGGCCUUCCCCACUCCUUCUCAGGUCGAACUCCAGGAUCCUUGGCCCUGCUCAACCGCUUUGUCCACAGGUUCUGCCUGGUGGGGGGGCAGGGAAGGCUGAGGGAAACCAGAAGCGGGACUCCCUCAGUUCUCCCAGGACUACCAGUUGAAGGGCCACUGCUAGGCGCCAGCCCCACCGUCAUGGGUAACCCAGAGGGACACUUCCAUUUCGCUAUUGACCGUGGCGGUACCUUCACGGAUGUCUUUGCCCAGUGCCCAGGAGGGCGUGUGCGAGUAUUGAAGCUGCUCUCGGAAGACCCUGCCAACUAUGCAGAUGCUCCAACAGAGGGUAUCCGUCGCAUCCUGGAACAGGAAGGGGGCAUUCUGUUGCCCCGGGACCGGCCACUGGACACCAGUCGCAUUGCCAGCAUCCGCAUGGGUACCACUGUGGCCACUAACGCCCUGCUGGAGCGACAAGGGGAACGGGUAGCCCUGCUGGUGACACGUGGUUUCCGACAUCUGCUGCACAUUGGCACCCAGGCUCGCUCAGACCUCUUUGAUUUGGCGGUGUCAAUGCCAGAGAUGCUGUAUGAGGAGGUACUGGAGGUGGAGGAGCGUGUGGUGCUAUAUCGUAGCGAGCCAGGUGCUGGUACACCUGUCAAAGGCCGCACAGGGGACCUGCUGGAGGUACAGCAGCCUGUGGACCUGGGGUCCCUGCGUGGGAAGCUGGAAGGGCUACUGUCCCGGGGAAUCCGGAGCCUGGCUGUGGUGCUUAUGCACUCCUACACGUGGGCCCAGCAUGAGCAGCAGGUGGGUACACUGGCCCGGGAGCUGGGCUUCACACAUGUAUCCCUGUCUUCGGAGACUAUGCCAAUGGUGCGCAUUGUUCCUCGGGGGCACACAGCCUGUGCAGAUGCCUACCUUACUCCCACCAUCCAGCGCUACAUUCAGGGCUUUUGCCGUGGCUUCCAGGGCCAGCUGAAGGAUGUACAGGUGCUCUUCAUGCGUUCUGAUGGCGGCUUGGCACCCAUGGAUGCCUUCACUGGCUCCCGGGCUGUGCUUUCUGGACCUGCCGGAGGUGUGGUUGGCUACUCAGCCACCACCUACCAGCUAGAGGGUGGUCAGCCUGUCAUCGGAUUUGACAUGGGAGGCACGUCCACAGAUGUGAGCCGCUAUGCUGGGCAAUUUGAGCAUAUCUUUGAAGCCAGCACAGCUGGUGUCACUCUCCAGGCUCCCCAACUGGACAUCAACACAGUGGCAGCUGGUGGGGGUUCGCGCCUCUUCUUCAGGUCUGGCCUCUUUGUGGUUGGGCCUGAGUCAGCAGGUGCCCAUCCAGGCCCUGCCUGCUACCGCAAAGGGGGCCCUUUGACAGUGACAGAUGCUAAUCUAGUCCUGGGUCGCCUGCUGCCUGCCUCCUUCCCCUGUAUUUUUGGGCCGGGAGAGGACCAGCCACUGUCUCAUGAGGCCUCCCGAAAGGCCCUGGAGGCUGUGGCCACUGAGGUCAACAGCUUCCUGACCACCGGGCCCUGCCCGGCCUCCCCUCUGAGCCUGGAAGAGGUGGCCAUGGGGUUUGUGCGUGUGGCCAACGAGGCCAUGUGCCGGCCCAUCCGUGCUCUUACACAGGCACGAGGCCAUGAUCCCUCAGCCCAUGUGUUGGCCUGCUUCGGGGGAGCUGGUGGACAGCAUGCUUGCGCCAUUGCCCGGGCGCUGGGCAUGGACGCUGUGCACAUUCACAGGCACAGUGGGCUGCUGUCAGCACUGGGGCUGGCCCUGGCAGAUGUGGUGCAUGAGGCACAGGAGCCCUGCUCCCUGCCUUAUGCGCCUGAGACCUUUGUGCAGCUGGACCAGAGGCUGAGUCAUCUGGAAGAGCAGUGUGUGGAUACCCUACUGGCCCAGGGCUUCCCCAGGUCCCAGAUUAGCACUGAGAGCUUCCUGCACCUUCGCUACCAGGGCACUGAUUGUGCUCUGAUGGUUUCUGCCCAUCAGCAUCCAGCCACAGCCCACUCACCUCAGGCGGGUGACUUUGGGGCAGCCUUUGUGGAGAGGUACAUGAGAGAGUUUGGCUUUGUCAUCCCCGAGAGGCCUGUGGUGGUUGACAACGUGCGGGUGAGAGGCACUGGCCGCAGUGGUCUUCAUCUGGAAGAUACUGCCAAAGCCCAGACUGGUCCUCCACGGUUGGACAAGGUGACCCAGUGCUACUUCGAGGGGGGUUACCAGGAGACACCUGUGUAUCUACUAGGAGAGUUGAGCUAUGGGCACCAGCUUCAGGGGCCCUGCCUCAUCAUUGACAACAACAGUACCAUCCUUGUGGAGCCGGGUUGCCAGGCAGAGGUGAUUGAGACAGGGGAUAUCCGCAUCUCUGUGGGGGCUGAGGCCCCCAGCACAGUGGGCACCAAGCUUGACCCUAUCCAGUUGUCCAUCUUCUCACACCGCUUCAUGAGCAUUGCUGAACAGAUGGGCCGCAUCCUGCAGCGCACAGCCAUUUCUACCAACAUCAAAGAACGCCUUGACUUCUCCUGUGCCCUCUUUGGGCCUGAUGGGGGUCUGGUCUCCAAUGCCCCCCACAUACCUGUGCACCUGGGAGCCAUGCAGGAGACUGUGCAGUUUCAGAUCAAGCAUUUGGGUGCUGACCUCCACCCUGGUGAUGUGCUACUCAGCAACCACCCCAGUGCAGGGGGCAGCCAUCUUCCAGACCUGACUGUCAUCACACCGGUGUUUUGGCCAGGUCAGACACAGCCUGUGUUCUAUGUGGCCAGCCGAGGGCACCAUGCAGAUAUUGGGGGCAUUACACCAGGCUCCAUGCCCCCCCACUCAACCACAUUGCAACAGGAGGGUGCUGUCUUUCUGUCAUUCAAGCUGGUCCAAGGGGGUGUCUUCCAAGAAGAGGCGGUGACGGAGGCCUUGCGGGCACCAGGCAAGAUCCCUGGCUGUAGCGGAACUAGGAACCUGCACGACAACCUAUCGGAUCUCCGAGCCCAGGUGGCAGCCAACCAAAAGGGCAUCCAGCUGGUGGGGGAGCUCAUCGGGCAGUAUGGUCUGGAUGUGGUGCAGGCCUACAUGGGCCAUAUUCAGGCAAAUGCUGAGCUAGCAGUCCGUGAUAUGCUACGGGCCUUUGGGACCUCCCGGCAGGCCCAGGGCUUGCCUCUGGAGGUGUCUGCGGAGGACCACAUGGAUGAUGGCUCCCCUAUCCACCUCCGUGUGCAGAUCAACCUGACACAGGGCAGUGCUGUAUUUGACUUCAGUGGCACUGGGCCUGAGGUGUUUGGCAACCUUAAUGCCCCACGGGCCAUAACACUGUCAGCCCUAAUCUACUGCUUGCGGUGUCUUGUAGGCCAUGACAUCCCACUCAACCAGGGCUGCCUGGCUCCUGUGCGUGUGGUGAUUCCUAGAGGCUCCAUCCUGGACCCAUCCCCGGAGGCCGCAGUAGUGGGUGGCAAUGUUCUCACAUCACAACGUGUGGUGGAUGUCAUUUUGGGGGCCUUUGGGGCCUGUGCAGCUUCCCAGGGCUGCAUGAACAACGUGACUCUGGGCAAUGCCCACAUGGGCUACUAUGAGACAGUGGCUGGAGGCGCGGGUGCAGGACCCGGCUGGCAUGGACGCAGUGGUGUGCAUAGCCACAUGACUAACACUCGCAUUACUGACCCAGAGAUCCUGGAGAGCCGGUACCCUGUCAUCCUGCGGCGCUUCGAGCUGAGGCCAGACUCUGGGGGUCAAGGCCACUUUCGGGGUGGUGAUGGUGUAGUUCGUGAGCUGCUUUUUCGUGAGGAGGCCCUGCUGUCUGUGCUGACUGAGCGCCGUGCAUUCAGGCCCUAUGGCCUCUGUGGGGGUGAGCCAGGUGCCAGUGGCCUAAACCUGCUGAUCCGCAAGGAUGGCCGCAUAGUGAAUCUGGGCGGGAAGACAUCAGUGACUGUGUACCCUGGGGAUGUGUUCUGCCUUCACACCCCCGGUGGUGGAGGCUAUGGGAACCCAGAAGACCCUGCCCCACCUCCCUGCUCGGCCCCCCAAUUCCCAGCCUUCCCUGAACGUGGCAGUGUCUAUGAGUACCGCCGGGCCCAGGAGACUGUGUGAAGGCCUCCACAAUAAAGAUUUACUUUAGACUUUCA